AUUACUUCGCCGUGAAAGUUAAGAAUUUAAAAAAUUUUAUAAAAAAAAUCCAAAAACAAUUCAAAAAAUCGUCAAAACCCCCAAUAAAAAGCUUGGAAACAUUCCAAGGCGAUGUGCUAACGUGGCACAAUUUAACAAAAAAAUCCCAUAAAAACAAGAGAAGACUUUGGAACUUUCUAGAAAUCCCAAACAAUGGAGAACCCCGAAGAUGUUAUGAACAAAAAACGCAAAUUGGAGGAUGCGGAGGAGCCAGUAGCGAAACGAAUCAAUGCCGAAACAUUCAAUUUGAUCGAUUUCAGCGACGAAAUGCUCUUGGCCAUACUGAAGCAUCUCGAUUCGACUUCGUUAAUUAAGUUAUCCAGAACAUGCACGCGUCUUCGUACACUGGCCGAAGAUCACACACACUGGGUCGAUGUGGAUUUUUCUGCGGAGCCCGCAAGUUGCUCGGAGCUGAUUGAAUUACUGUUUCGCGACGUUUGUCAAGCGUCGGAGAUCCGUUCGUUGAAAAUUCGGGGCCAAGUGACGCUUUAUCCGCAGGAAAAGUGGAAAAAUCAGACUGUCACGGAGAAUUUUAUCGCACAGUUGGGCACCAAAUGCCCCAAAAUUGAGAAUUUGUGUGUCGAAGAUGCAUUUUUGGACUCGAAACGUGUGGCGGUGGUGAAUUUUCCGGCAACCUUGCGAUCAUUGACUUUGAGAAAUUGUCACUUGUCAACGAGUAACAACAAUCCACGGUCCUCGUUCUUCUCCAAAAUCAAUUUCCACUUUACGAAUUUGGAGGAGCUGGCUGUGGAACGUUGCAAUUGGUUCGAUACGCACGAUUUGAUCGCUUUCAGCAAAAUACCAAAUUUGAAGUAUCUCAGUUUGCGCGGCUGCACCUCCUUCAAAGACUUUGUUCCUUACGGCAGUAUUGCGACGCGUUUCGGCUUCCAGGCGCUCGAGGUGUUGGAUGUGCGCGACACGCCCGUCACCGAUUCCGACAUUCAGUGCUUCAACAUUUCGAAGAAUUUGCGAGAACUAAGACUGCAGUGUCCGCAAGUGCCGGCGCCGAAGGAGGAGGAAAAACCGGAAAAUGUCUCGGAAGGCGAUCGUCCGGGCACGUCGGGCACCGAACCGAAACCUCCAGCAACAAAUCCAACGUCGACGAGUUCAACGAAUCCAAUUUCCGCAAGUGUUCAUGUUCGCACCGACCGACAAGUGAUCAAUUUGCAUCUCAGGCCGAGUCGCAAUAACGGCAGGAUUGAGACAGUUCGCGACGGGGCGCCACAAAAUGUGGAAAUUCCGCCGCCAGAAGAGGAAGUAAGACAGGAAAAUGCGGAAAACGAUGAGGAAAUUCAGGAAGCAGGAGCGGAAUUUAAUGCGGGAAAUGAUAAUUUUAGGAUCAAUAUUCGGAAUCAAAAUGUUCGGGGACGAAAUGUUAUUCAUAUUGUGCUGCAAAAUAAUCACAUGUGUAAUCAGAACAACAAUAAUGAGAAUAAUGGAGAAGGAAAUCAGGAGGGAAAUCGACCAGCAGCGGCGGCGGCGGCAGAAGGGGAAGGACAGGAAAAUGCGCCAGCGGGAGAGAAUAACGCGGAAAAUCCUCCUCCACAGAAUGCCAAUGAGCCGCCUAAUCCGCCAGCAGGAGAUGGAGGCGUUCAACACUACAUAAUGAUACGCGGAAUCCGCGAAGGAGCCGAAAACGACAACGGAGAUGAUGUCAAUCCAGCGCGUAUUGUACAAUUCAUCCAGUUCCAACGCAGUCAUCCGUUGCACAUGUCUCCGGGGCCUCUCAACGAAGCGAUUACGGACCGCGGAAUUUGCAGUUUUGGCCAUUCGCAGGACGGAGCACGCGGCGGUUUGGUGUGGAUUCGCAUGGAGCCACGCAGCCCAACGACCCAGCUGGAAAGUAUUACGGUGCGCGACUACAAAAAAGUCACGGAUGUCGCGCUGCAACAUUUGUCGAGUUGCGCGCCGCGCUUGAAAUUCCUCGAUGUCAUCGGCACAGACGUCACGGAAGACGGCAUCGAGAAAUUUAAGCUGCAAAAACCCGAAUGUCGCGUCAUUUCGAACUUUGGCGUUGCCGAGGAGGAAAAUCUGUUGUGAAAAAUGGCAAAAUAACGGAAAAAUCAAGAUUUAACUACUAUUUAAUAAAAAUUUAGAGGAAUUA